UCCCUCUGGCUUUGAGAGUGUUGCGCUUGCAGAAGGGGAUCUGAACGGCGAGCUGAUGAACGAAGAGAUCCGUAUCCAUAGCUGGCCUUGUUCGUACUACUUGGACACCAGCAAGCAAUGGGUCUCUGGCAGGCUCUCCCUGACUCCUGUUGCUAUCAAAUUUGCAGCUGACAAAACUGGUGAACUUUUGGUCAACUUCCAUCUUUCUGGAAUCAGCGAGAUCAAGAAAGAAUCUUCAAAUUUAAUCUUUAGCUCCCUCACCAUCUUGGAGAAGAAUACCAAGCACUGGUUCAGUUCUCUGCAACCCAACAGAAAUGUGGUGUUCAACAUCCUUGAGCAUUUCUGGAGGGAGCAGCUGCUGUCAAACCAAGGCCCGGGAGCAGAAGCUGGGGCUCUGCAGUCCACGAAAGGAAAGGAACUGACUGGCCUGUUGGCAGGUUCGCAGAAACGCCUGGAGGACACAGCAAAAGUGCUGCAUUACCAGGGCGAGCAGUUUGAUAACAUCAUGAGAGGACUGAACAAAAUCGAAGGCGAUAUGGAUGUCGCAGACAGAUUGUUGACUGAACUCGAAUCUCCUUCUUGGUGGCCAUUUAGCAGCAAGCUCUGGAAAGCACCGUUGGAAGCCAAGCCAAAGGAAACUGCCACAGUUUCCGAUUCAAAGAACCAGGAAGGAAUCAUAAUUAGAAUUCCAGUUAUUAUCACCCACAGAACAGACUCAAAUGUCAAGCCAGGAAAACUCACGCUCCUCGCUUCUGGCCUGGAAAUCAGUGACUGCAAUUCCCAGGUCAUUCACAGGUUUGAAUCCAAAGAUGUAGAUGAUAUCAGAGUUCAUACACCGUAUGAAAUCAGCGUUCGCCAGAGGUUUAUUGGGAAGCCCGACACCUCCUACCGGCUGUUGUCAGCAAAGAUGCCCGAAGCCAUCCCAAUCCUGGAGAUGCAGUUCAGCAAGAAGAUACAGUUCUUGGAAGAUGCCCUGGAAUUUGCUGGUGCCAGAAAGUCGCCCCAGGUAGACUUGGGCACCUCCAUUUGGCAAGCAGCCACAGGACUCCUGGGAGGCGUGAUGCAGCCCGGAUCUCCGGUGGGAGGAGAAGGGAUGGACAAUGAGCAGGUCCAGCUGCAGAGUCACGAAAAGAUCUCCGAGUCGGAAGCAAAAGAGCUGAAACAGAGCUGGAAGCACUGAGCAGACCAGCGCUGUGAUGGGGAGCCUGGGUAAAAGA